AUGCAUGCACUCUCUGUUACCCGAACUUUGAUCUUUGGCCUUUUGGCCUCCGCACCACUCACCGCUGGAUUCACAGUCGAGGUUCGUGGCCACAAUGUGGAGAAGAGAUAUGUGGGCUCGUUGGCUUCUAUGGCGUCGAAAGUCGUCAGAGCUGUGGUUCCCGACAUCGAGCGUCGACAUCAUACGGAGGCUCAAAUCGCCGCGAAGGAAGCAGCCAAGGCCAAAGGCAACCAUCCUCGUAGUGCUCAGGCUCCAGAUGAAUUUGGACCAUGGGACAGCACCGAAGAUGAGUUUGGCUCUUGGGUCGAUAAACGAUCCCCACAUCACACAGAAGCACAGAUUGCAGCCAAAGAAGCAGCUGCAAAAGAACAUCAUUCGCGAUCUCCUCACCACACCGAAGCUCAAAUUGCUGCUAAAGAGGCUGCGCAAACGAAGGGCAAACAGCCCCGAAGUGCUCAAGCUCCUGACGAAUUCGGACCUUGGGAUAGCACCGAAGACGAAUUCGGCUCCUGGAUCGACAAGCGUUCGCCACACCACACCGAAGCUCAGAUUGCCGCGAAGGAGGCAGCAGCAGCUAAGCACCAUCAGUCUAGGGAGCCACAUCACACUGAAGCGCAGAUUGCAGCCAAGGAGGCGGCAGAGGCAAGGAAGCAUCAGAGCCGUGAGCCUCAUCACACAGAAGCCCAGAUCGCGGCUAAGGAGGCGAAAGCGAGGAAAGGACAGAGUUGA